AUGGCCUGUUCCUACAGCCCCGGUGCCGACCGUGCUCUUGGGUGUGACAGGUUUGGGGUGCUGGCACAGGGAUCCUGGCCAGGGACUCAGGCAGGGGGAUGGCAUCAGUACGGGCAGGGGCUGAGCCAUGACACUGGUGCCCUGGGUCUCAUUGGUGCCACCGGGGCUGAUGCCGGGUGUUUGUCCCUCCAGGUGAGCAGCUCCAGGCAGGUGGUGGCUGGGGCCACGAGCACGGCCGCAUUCUUCCUCUGCGAGGGGCUGCUGGGCCAGCACUUCCACGUCAUUCCCAAUGGGGUGGCUGAGCCCCAACCUGGGGACCUCUUCCUCUUCCCUCUGGCCUCAGGAGGCCCCAGCUGGUGGGAUGCCCACGCUGGCAUCUACUGCGGUGAUGGGGACAUCAUCCACCUGGAAGGGAUCAUGGCCAAGCACAGCAAGAGCCACCUCCUGUGGACACGGGGUCCGGCCAAGGUGCUGCGGAGGAAGGAAGGUGUUGGAUGUGGUCACCCUGAAGCAGAUCAGGAGGUGGAGUACGAUGCCAUCAUCUGCAACUGUGUCCACUUUGCCCUUGUCCUGCUGGGGCUGGGCCAGCUCACUGGUGCCACGGUGGGUGCCACCGUCACAUUGGAUGCCACCAUCUCGGGGGACUGCGAAGCCCACCCGAUCAAGCAUCACCACAGCCCGUCUUCUCUCCCCGGUGGCUCCAGUGCUGCAGUGAUGGAGGUGAUGAUGUGCUGGGGGGAUGUGCAGAGAUGA